CGCUGUAUUUUUCCAUUAAGUAAAAUUGCAGGCACGUGUAAGGGGAUUUUAAAAUUAUGAUAGUAUGAAGGUAAAUGGGUUAUGAGUGAAAUUAAUUUGUAUGUAUGCAUAUAAUUCAAUACUCUAAUAGCCGGAAUUCAAUUAUGUGUAAAGAGAUUUUAGCGCAACAUAUUUCAAAAAUAUUGAAAGAAACAAAAUCAUUCGAAAAAUGUUUGAAACAUUUAAAAUUCCUAUCACUAGGUGAUGGAAAAUGCAAGGCAGAAUUAAAAGUUUCAGAGGAAAACACGAACCUAAUGGGCACGUUACAUGGAGGACUCUCUGCAACGUUGUUAGAUUGUGUAUCCACCUACGGUCUCCAUUCUCAUAAAAAUGCUUCAGGAGUUAGAAGUGUUUCUGUAAAUAUAAAUGUUUCUUAUAUCGGUUCUGCAAAAGUAGGCGACUAUAUUGUUAUAGAAUCCGAUACUUUGAAGUUUGGAAAGAAUCUUGCUUUUUGUGAAAUAGUUAUUAAAAAUAGAGAAAAUGGAAAGAUUUUAGUUAAAGGUGAACACACAAAGUUUCUACUGGAUUAGUUUUAAUAGAGAUUAUUUUGUAAGUAGUUGUUUUUUGCUUCAUAGUAAUAUAUUUUGUUUAGAACUUU